AUGCUCGGACAAGAUUUGCUUCUUGUCGUGCAGUUCCUUGCUAUUGUUCUCUUUAAUAGUCCGCUAUCAGAGGCUUGUGCACCAGUUACGCCUGGAAAAGAAAAAAUAAUGAGUUUGGAACUACAUGGUUUCAAUCUACCACUGCGAAUGGUAUACUCCACGAAUCGGAAAGCACAAGCGCAAGUACCUAGUAUAUCGGCGAGUAAGGAAGGUGCACUAAGUGCAAUCAACGGUUACGUUGAAAAAAAACUGCACCGUAUAAUUAGGGAUCAGAUGAAUGGUAAAGGGCUUUCAAUGGAAGACAGAUAUAAAGUUGUGGACCAAAUACAAUUCAUGUCGUCUAGUUACAAUCCACUGCAGUGCAACAAUGUUAACGUGCAACCUGCUAAUACACCGGCGGAUGCACUUAUUAAGUUUGAUUCGGAAAGCAGCGGAAGUGCAUACAAUUGCGUUGUAAAUGAAGACAGGAUAGGCUCCAUUUGCCCAGGCACAAAAUGCACCGUAAACGGCGGGGAAGUAGCGGUUGGCGAUCGUAAAGAACAGUUCGCAUCAUUGCAACCAGUCCCCCAAGAAUUCGUUACUUACAAAGUAAACCUCAAGAUUUAUAAUGCCGACGUUGCAAAUUGGAGCAAUUCAACAUGGAAACAGAUCUUGGAACAAGUCGAAGAAAGUUUGGAAAACGGCAUCUACGGGAAACAAUUCUCUGGCACAACAAUCAAAAUAAUCUAA